AUGUCAGACGAGGAAAGGGAAAGCCUCAACUACCCGCUCUUCCGUGACUGUCUCUCCGCAACAAUCCUCCAGCCCGCGCCCGCCCCGGAGCCGAAGCGCCGGCGACGAGCCAAGGCGGGGCGCGCAUCAUCAUCCUCACCCGUCCCGGCUUCGGCCCCGGGCCCGAAUCCGGACCAGGACGCCGAGGAGCUCGCCGACUUCAUCGACUACCUAGCCGACGGCAUCUUCCAAACCCUCCCGGAGGAGCUGCAGGACCUGGACUACCGCUCGUGGAGGGAAUCCGAGGCGCUGCAAGCACAGUAUUCGCUGCCCCUGACGCAGGACAGCUUGUCCAGACUCGACCUGCCGCCCUCCAUCUGCGAGACACUCGUCACGUACAACCUCAUCGCCGCGGACCCGACGCAGCCAUCGCAUCUGCCGCCCACGCCAGAGGCCUUCCUCGUUCCCAUCCUCACCGGCUAUCUCACCACCCUCAUCGAGCCGCCGCCAGCCGCGCCGUCCACUCGCACCGAUGCCUGCGAGCUCUGCGAGCGGUCCUGGAUCCCUCUGUCCUAUCACCACCUGAUUCCGCGGUUUGUGCACGACAAGGCCGUCAAGCGCGGGUGGCACCGCAAGGAGGAUCUGCAGAACGUGGCGUGGCUGUGCGGCGCGUGUCACAGGUUUGUGCACCGCUUCAGGAACCAUGAGGAUCUGGCAAGGUAUUAUCACACUGUGGAGCUGCUGCUAGAGGAGGAGGAGGUGAGGAAGUUUGCGGAGUGGGUUGGUAAAUUGCGGUGGAAGGGCGGCAAGACGAGAAGUCGGAGGCAUUGA